AUGUCCAAUCUAACUGUUAACUCGAACUCUGACUUUAUAAGUUCUAUUGAAAUUGCCACUUCGGAAUAUUUUAAAAAUAUAGCACCUUCUUCAUGGUCAUAUGAAAGCUUUCUUGCAACCAUGAAACCUUACAUUCUGUUGGAAGAUGAAAGAGAACUUUCGGCCAUCUGGCGAAAAAGAUUUCUUAAUGCUCUAAGUGUGAUUAUCACCAAUUAUAAAGAAAAUGUUGAACCUAGUAAACAAGUUCAGCAGAUUGCAUCAUUGUUAACAAAUCAGGAAUAUCGUUCAAGAGAAAACAAGGCAAAAGUAGAAGAAAAACUUCGAUAUACACAGUUUAUCUUCAAAGAAAACUCUAAGAUAGACGCUUUAAAAAUAUUAAAAAGUGCAAGGACACAACAAACAGCCCAAUUGAGUGGUGAAAUUAAUCUUAAUAAACAGACAAUUAGUAACGAUGAUAUUGCAUUUAAUCCAUUGUUAAACAUUAAAUCAAUUGAAAAACCACAUUUGAAUGCUUUUGUACACCCAUGUCUAGAUGCUGCACUCUGGUACAUUGCUCGGAUAAAUUAUGAAUAUGGAGAAAUUCCUUCACAAAAUCAUGUAACUCGUAAUUUGGCAGAUGGUGUAGGUUACAUGACGAGCGCAGAUAAAUUUCAAUUAGUUUAUGUAGAAGGUGCAAGUCCCGUGGCAAAAGAGGACAAAGAAAUAGCAGAUGCAGAAAAAAUCGCGAAAAAUUUAAGGAAUAUGUUCAAUAACAUAAUAAAGAAUUCUUUUAAUAACAGGAAGUGUAUCCCAGAAAGUUUGAGAGUCUUUGGUGGUCAAAGCUUCAGAUUACAGAUAUAUCUCUUCUAUUUAGAUUUCCAUGACAAAUAUCACCUACAUGAAGUAGAAAAUGCAAACCUUCCAAGGGACUUUUCGGAGAUUGAGGAUUUUGUUCCUUUUUAUGAGUGCAUACUAAAAUGGGCGUUACUUGUGAAAGAAAUGACAGAGAAAUUCGAAAUUUCAAGAAAAAAUAAAAGACCAUCACAAAAUUUAUCAAAUGAUAACAGUAAGAAAUAUGUUCCAUUAUACGUUUAUGAUGGUUGGUAUCAUAAACCUCCUAAAGUGGCGAUAAACCUUUUACUGCAAGAAAAAUUUGGACCUACACAAUUAAAAAAUUCAAUUGAAAAUUAUUAUUUUAAAAAAAGUUAUCAGGAAGCAUUAAGAUUAUCGUUAGAAUAUAUUGAUUUUGUAGAAAAAUCAAACAAUCACAAUUUAGCUAAUGAUGGUAGUAGUAAUAGCAAUGUUUAUAAUAAUCCCAAUAGAUUAACUAGUACGCGUGAAAUGUUAGAAAUAGCUUCUCAAUGUGCUUUAAAAUUGGGAGAUAUUGAAUUGGCUGUAAAAUGUGCUGAUAAACUGGUUUCAAAUGAACCUGGACAUAUAAACCUUAAAGAUUCGAUCAAAUGGUUUGUUAAAUAUCAGAAAAUUCGUAAAAAUGAUUAUAUUGUGUGGAAAGAAAUUGGUAAAACAUUCAUCAAUCAUUCUGAAAAUAAAACUGUUACCGAUAGUAAUAAUAGUAAUAGUAAUAGUAUAAUAUAUCAACAGUUUGCAUUGAUAUGCUUGAAACAUUCUUAUAAUAUAAUGGUAAAAUCUAAUUGGCAACAUCAUAUAGAUUAUUUAGAAAUCAGAUAUUUGGCUGAAAAGAAAGAAAUUGAAGAUUUAAUAAAUAAUUUAGAUAAAAGAAUUUUACUAAAUGCAGUGAACGCAGUGAAUAUAGUAGAAUUAACUGAUUGGAUAAAUAAUUUAAAGAAUCUAGAAGAAAAAGAAGACCAUUCAUCAAAUAACCUGGAUAUUGGAUCGGAUUUUAUUAGCAGACAAUAUCAACCGCUUAUAAGAGCUGUUAAUAAUAAUGAAAUAAUUAUGCAAAAUAUGAAAUGGGGAUUGGUUCCAUUUUGGACAAAGACAUCCCCGGAUUAUCCAAAUAUCAUUAAUUGUCGUGAUGACUCAUUACUUGAUGGUGGUAAAUCAAUGUUUACAUCGAUGAAGAAUUCUAAACGUUGUGUAAUAAUAGCUGAAGGAUUCUAUGAAUGGCUUAAAAAAGGAAAUAAAAGAUUGCCAUAUUAUACCAAAAGAAUAGAUGGUGAAUUAAUGUUAUUUGCCGGACUUUAUGAUUGCGUAACAUUCGAGUCAUCGGAAGAAAAAGGAGAAACAGGAAAAGAAGAGUUAUACACUUUUACAAUAAUUACAACAAAAUCAUCAAAGCAAUUAUCAUUUCUUCAUGAUCGUAUGCCAGUUGGUGGCGUUGCUUAUCUAGAAAUCAUAGCAAGUUUACCUCAAGCAAAAUUACAUUGUUCGGCUGACGAAGAUAGUCCUUGUGCAAAGGCAAAUUCUACAUUGCUUUUCGGAUGCAAUGGAAUAUUAAAGACUCCUGAUCAAUAUAUUAUUAAUGAAAAUACUUUUAAUGGAACUUAUGAACCUCAAACGAGUACGUUGGCAAAGUGUAUGUGUAAUCAAGAAUUUUAUGAUCAAUUGAGUGGUUGCAUUGAAUGUUUUAAGAACUAUUCAAAAGUACAUUUCGAAGUUGCUCCAGUUACGAGGUUUAAAAUUCUUUGUGCAGACCGUUUCUCAACUGAAUUUACCGAGUCUCCACCUGAGACAAUUAAAUCAAAUAAAACUAAAUAUGUUAUUGGGAUAAGUGUAGCAGUAUUGCUAUUAAUAAUCUUGGGAAUAAUAAUAUAUCUAUGUAUUGUAAAACGAAGAAAAAAUAAAAAUAAAAAUAAGAGAGAUUCGAUGAAAUCCUUAAAAUUGGUAGAUAGCAAUACCGUUAAUACACCAUUAAUGAAGAGUUUUGCUAAUAAGAAUAGAUCAGAACUUGAUGUAUAUUACCCACCACCAACAAGUUUAGAAAAUGUCAGUCAUCAUUAUCCACCACCAAAUUCACAGCAAACACACCCCCCAUCCGAUACUCCAAUAUCACCAGUAUCACAACAACAGCCACCGUCACCACUUCCAACAUCAUCAUCAGAUUAUCAACAACAACAAACUUAUUAUCCAACAUCGUCAAAUCAGCCCGUAAGUAACAUACAAAUCCCAACUCAAUCAGCGUCAGGGGAAAUUCCUUACUAUCCACCACCUGCAAAUCCUUCCGAUUUGUCACCAUACCCCGGACCUCAAAAUAAUAAUCCACCUGGUAGUUAUUAUGGUAACCAAUAUUGA